AUGGCCCGGUCCUCACGUGGAAAUGAUGGGGCUGGGAACUGCAGGUCGGGAGGCACCCAAAACGAAAAGCGAGGGCGGACGGCCCUCAUUUCCAAGGCUCUGAGAAGAGGUUCCUCGAAGGGGGAGGCUUCAGGCUUGAUGGAUGGCGGGGCACAAAGCAAUACUCACAACCCCAGUCCCGAAGAUUCACACCGGCUUCGAGGACGACCCUCAUCCUGCGACUCAAAUCGAUCACGCUUAUCACAGGGUUCGCAAGUGUCCGACAAUGACGCCGCGUCCCAAAUGCUCACGAACAUGGGCGAGUCGGUGCGCAAAAUGCUUGUGAUAUUCGGCGCUCGCAAGAAGAAACUCAAGGUGUGGAGCAAAACACCAACGACGGGUCCAGCGGGACUCUGUGUCGAGAUUGCUGCUCAAGUUCAAUCUUUGAUCGAGACGGACAAGGCAUGCAUGGAAACGGACGAAGAGGCCCUGAGAGGCCUCAAGGCCAUUCAACUGGACCUCAGGGUUAGGCUGUCUGAGGUACGAGGUGAACACGGCCGUCAGGAAUUCGACGCAGUGAUCGAGCCACGACUGAGGACUAUACAUGAAGAGUUGGUGAAAUGGUCCAACAGGCUCAGCGACGUGCCUAAAAAGACAGCUGGUAGUGUAAGAAGAAGAUGA